UCUCCGUGUGCGACAGCACCAAACCUCAUCUGCUUCAUUGCGAUGUCGAAUGAGGAAGACCCGUUUAUCUCUGUGGAACCGGAAGAAGUGCUUUAUAUGGAGGUUUCACGGAACUCAAGUUCCCUCACAAGAAUUGCCGUCGACUAUGUCAUCUUGAAAAAUUUGAGAAAAAGCAAGGUAUAUUACAAGGUGGAAUCCAAUCGGCCCAAUAUGUAUCAUCUACAUCCAGAUCAUGGUUGUAUCGAUGCGGAUGAAGAAGAAGAACUUGUGGUAUUUCUGCCUCCAUUUGAUUGCGAUGAACCGGACGACAGUGAACAUUGGCUUACUAUCUACAGCAUACAAGCGCAGAGUGAGGAAGAACCGGAAUUCCACGGAAUGUGGGAGUGCGCCGACCCGAAGAAAAUAAGAGCGCACAAGCUGAGAUGUGUUCCGUGGAUAGUUGGGGAGUUGGUCGUGGAGCCGAAUCCUGAACUCGUGUUUAAAGGUCCGUUCGAUGUAACCGGCUCAGCCAGCCUCCGCUUGACGAAUCCCUCGGAACAUAUGAUACACUUCCAUAUAAAUACUCCAUCUAAUAUUCUUUCAGUCGUUCCAAAUGAUGACACGAUCAGUCCUAAGGAGACGAAGACGGUAACAGUCGUUCGAAAAACACUUGGAUUACACGUUACCGAUACACUUCGUGACAGACUAUCAAUUAAGGCCUCGAUACUUCCCUCCGGUACUUCCAAACCUACACAGGCCGUGUUGGACAUUGACAAGAAAACGGACUUGUUAAUCAAGUGUGUAUUCAAAGCAUCAGAACCGCCGACGUUGACUACUAACAAGCAGCCAUCAGAAACAGAUUCAUUGGCCAAUGAAACUGUCAACAAU